GAUACGACUUUCAGUGAGGUAUCACCCACAUAUUAAGCCUAUGUGCACGCAAUUAACGGUGUAGAUUAACUGUAAUAGAGGAAAUAAAUUUGUGUGCGUUUGUUUGUGUUAAUGAGCGCAAUGGUGGCGGUGCGUGACAGACCAGUCCCCCGCAUUCAGAAUACAAAGCAGGUGCAUAACAUGACAGACAAAAAUGCUGCUGGUGCCUGACGCCUUCUGACGCAACAGUAAAUGCUUCAAUGCCAGAACUCUUUUAGCUUGUGUUACCCUGGAAAAACAAAGUCUGUCUGUGAGGACACACCCUGAGGCGUACCUUCACUGCUAAACGAAAAACAGAAAUGGAUAAAUCUCUUCCUCACAGAAACCUACAGUUUGGAUUUUGCCCACGGGAAGUAGCCUAAUGUUCGAUGAAGAUGAAGUAAUGAAAGCUCCCGACCUUUCCUAUGUCAGAAUGAAGAAGCCAGAUUCAUGUGUCAGACAUCCACAGUGGUUGUGCAUACAGCUGCUGGUCGUCCUAUUGGCAGGUCAGGCUUCCUGUAAUCAGACCACGGCUGCUCCCCCUCUUUCCCUUGCUACACCAAAUGCACAGACUGCAGUAUGCUACUUUCUUGACAUCACUGUGGAAAUCAGUGGAAACAACAAGAAGAAUGAAUCAGAAAUCAAGGCCUGGCUUACACAGGUGUUCCUAAACUUGAACUGCUUGUCUCCAAACCAUGCAGAAACAACUGUCACACCUACCUCUAUACAAAUUGCAACAACUACAGCUACAACACCCACAGUGUUGGAAAGCAGUAAUACAACUACAGUUGGAACAUCAACAGUGUUGGAAAGCAGUAAUACAACUACAGCUGGAACAUCAGCAGUGUUGGAAAGCAGUAAUACAACUACAGCUGGAACAUCAACAGUGUUGGAAAGCAGUAAUACAACUACAGUUGGAACAUCAACAGUGUUGGAAAGCAGUAAUACAACUACAGCUGGAACAUCAACAGUGUUGGAAAGCAGUAAUACAACUACACCUGCAACAUCAACAGCAACAACACACAACACAACUACAGCUACAACGUCAACAGCAACAACACACAACACAACUACAGCUACAACAUCAACAGCAACAACACACAACACAACUACAGCUGCAGCAUCAACAACAGUAAAUCUCAGCACAACUACAGCUGCAGCAUCAACAACAGUAAAUCGCAGGACAACUACAGCUGCAGCAUCAACAACAGUAAAUCGCAGGACAACUACAGCUGCAGCAUCAAUAACAGUAAAUCGCAGGACAACUACAGCUGCAGCAUCAACAACAGUAAAUCGCAGGACAACUACAGCUGCAGCAUCAACUUCAUUCAAACCUAGCAUAACUAUUGUUAGACCAAACAGCCAGACAGUCUCUUCACCCAACUCCAACAUAAACACACAGAUGCCUGGCAGUGGUGGAGGAAACAACAACCCACCAGCUCUGCGCAUAGCUCGACAAAUCGGUGACAGUGUGACACAAACUAGAGGGAUCAGUAAUAACGAAACAACUGGCCUAUUUCAAGGAAUUAAAGUUUCAUGCACCAAGAACACUGCAAUAACAAAAACCAACUGCACUGUGACGCUGCAGCUAGCGGAGAGUAUACCUCCAUGUUGUAUCCUCAGUGCGCUCUCUGAAAACAAUAACUCUGACAUCCACGUGGUGGGGAAAAAAGCAGAUACAACAAGUUCGCUACAAAAUGUGUGCAAUAGCAGUGCACAAGACAAAAACUGCACAUCAUGUGAAGAGUCUGGAACUACAUAUGUGGCUCCUCAAAUAAACUCAACUUACUGUAAUGCAGGUAUAGAGGACAGCAACACAAACACAAGCACCAACUGCAACUGCUCUGCUUACUGCAAUGGAACCGAUGCAUACUACACAUUUUACGUUUUGAUAAAAGAUACCAAUAUGAACUAUUCAGAUGUCUUGGUCUUGAUUUCUAAGCUAAAACAACCAUCAAACUGCUCUCAGAGUACAGAUGUUUUAUGUUCAUUGCCUAUCAUUACAUCUGAAUACAAGGAUGGAAACGUGGCCUGUACAAGGACACCAACAAAUUUUCAGAACUGCAGUGUGAUUUUAGACUUUGCACAUGAGGUUCCUAUAAAUAACGUGUCAGCAGCUAUGAUGAGUGUGUUUCAGUCUGAGAAACAAAUCAAUUACAAUGGACAAGUGAUCCGAGCAGCAAUUUGUGGAAAUUCAAAAGUCAGCGACAAUUCACUAAACUCCCAGCUCAUUUGGUAUACAGUUAACCUAUACCCUGUGAACUUUUGUACAGUAAUGGAACAGGAUAACAUCCUUAAUUGUCAAAAUGGAGAAAAUGUGGUUGUGCUGCUGAAAGAGAUGUUUGUUCCGCAGCUAUUUACCACACCUGGCCCAAAUACAUUAACCACACAACCCCACAACACCACCUUGUCUGUAAAUGCAACUUCAUCCCCUCUGAACACAACAGCCCUGACUGGUAUCACUACUACUGCCAAUGUCACAACACUCAGCACAACUAAACCUGUUUCUACGACCACCGAAUCAGCUGACAGCCAAGCCAACGCACUGCUUGAGAUGACCGGAGAUGUGUCCAAACUGAACUCAAGCCAGGUGGAUCACCUGGUGUCUCAGCUGGAGAAUCUUUUGUCAGGCCCCACUGUCAGCAAGGCGCUGGGAAACACCUCCGUCCAGAUUGUCAGCAACCUGCUGGGCGCUUCUCCUGAGACGCUGUCCCGCUCCUCCAACAGGAUUAUAGGGAUUGUUGAUACAGUGGCAUUGAAGCUAGUUAUUGGAAAACAGGUGGAGACCCUCUUGUCCCCAGCAGUGGCUCUGUCUGUGAAACCAGCAGAUGGCAAUAACUUUCAGCAAACUUUUUUUUCCAUCUCAGGCCCCAAUGAUGUACAGGUCCGUGGGGUUCCCAGGCUCAGAAGGAGUGUGACUUCUCAAAUCCCUCAGGGCUCCAUCAGUCUGCCCACCUCUCUUACACAGAACCUAACCUUGCAGGAACAGCAGCUGGCCUCCAGAGUCCAGUUCAAUUUCUACCAGAAGAGCACAGUUUUCCAGGACACAUCUUUGGGAGCUCGCAAACUAAAUAGUGGGAUCCUGGGAGCAAGUGUGGCCAACCUGUCAAUCACAGGACUGCAGGACGAUGUUGUAAUUCAGCUGAGGCACAUAGAGCCUGUUCCAGGUAAUUUUGUCACUGUGUGUGUUUUCUGGGACUACACAUUCAAUAAUGGAUCAGGUGGUUGGAAUCCAAAGGGCUGUUUUGUCCAAAAUAGGACAGAGAAAGAGACAGUUUGUGGCUGCAACCAUUUAACCAGCUUUGCUAUCCUGCUGGACCUCUCCAGAGAGCCUAUAAUCAGUCCCGUCCAGAACACCAUCCUUACCUUUAUCACAUAUAUUGGCUGUGGAGUGUCUGCCAUCUUCCUGUCGAUCACUCUACUCACCUACUUGGCCUUUGGAAAGUUGCGAAAGGACAUUCCAUCCAAAAUCCUAAUCCAGCUGUGCCUGGCUCUGCUGAUGCUAAACCUGGUCUUCCUGGUGGAUGCGUGGCUGGCGCUCUACCCACAAGCCGUGGGCCUCUGCAUCUCCACCGCCUGGUUCCUUCACUACUUCCUGCUGGUUACCUUCACCUGGAUGGGACUUGAGGCCUUCCACAUGUACCUGGCCCUCGUGAAAGUCUUCAAUAGCUAUAUAUCACGCUACAUGGUGAAGUUCUCGCUGGUCGGCUGGGGUGUCCCAAUGAUCGUGGUCAUUAUUGUCAUUGCAAUUAACAAGGAUAACUACGGUCUUGUCUCCUAUGGAAAGUUUACUGAUGGCACUAGUGAUGACUUCUGCUGGCUGAAAAAUGACAUUGCCUUCUAUGUGGCAGUGGUGGCCUAUUUCUGUGUAAUUUUUCUGUUUAACUUCGUCAUGUUCAUUGUGGUGUUGGUCCAGCUGUGUCGGAUAAAGAGGCAGAACCCUCACAAUUCGCAUCACCGCACCACACUGCAUGAUGUGCGCAGUGUGGUGGGGAUAACCUUCCUCCUGGGCCUCACUUGGGGCUUUGCCUUUUUUGCCUGGGGGCCCGUUAACCUGCCAUUCAUGUACCUCUUUGCCAUCUUUAACUCCUUUCAAGGUCUCUUUAUAUUUGUGUUCCACUGUGCGUUGAAAGAAAAUGUGAGGAGGCAGUGGAGGACCUACCUGUGCUGCGGCAGACUGAGACUAGCAGAGAACUCAGAAUGGAGUCGCACUGCAACACAAAAGACUGUGAAGAAGUCGUCAGAGACCAGACAAACACCUCUUCAUUCCGAAAACUCCAACAACUCAAGCAGCUCCUCUGCUUUCCUUGUCCGUGACUCUUCACAGCAGAUUAAUGGCAUUGGAAGCCCAUUUGCAGACAGAGUAAUCACAGCUGAUGAAGAACCCAGUACGGACAUAGUCCUCAACGAGAUCAACAGGCAGUACCGAACCCAAGGGCCCUGAUCCAACAAGCACAGGACUGUUUAAUGGCUCUUAUUUUGAAAUGUAUGUAUAUAAUGUAUAUCAAUAGAGUAAUUUAUGUACUGUUCAUCUACAUGUCACAUGUUUUAUAUGACUAAUGGGCAAUGGAAAGCCCACAUUAUACAUGGCAUUUUUUUUUUUAUUUUUUUUUUUACACACUUCUACAUUUAUUCUUCUAUUAGUGUAUUUGCACAAGGAACCUGAACAACCUUCAUUCUGUUGGACAGUGACGUGAUCAAUAUAAGUAAUUGUUAAUUGUAAACUGCAUACAUUGAAUAUAUUUAGUUUUCUAUUAUGAGACAAGUUAAAGCUGGAAACCGUCACAUUUUAGAAGGUGGAACCAGUAAAUAUAUCUGCUGGCUAUUUUUGCUUGAAAAUGACUUAUCAAAAUCGUUGCCACUUAAUUUUCUGUUGAUCAACUUAGCGUUUCAGUCGCACUAAUAAGUAUAUAAAUAUACACAAGGUGUCCUUGAUUAAUAAUAAAUUGCUUUUCUUUUGGAGAAUAAAAAAAAAAGCCAAGACGUUUUCCCCCAAAACAAUUUAAUUGUAGAUA